CGUCAGCAAAGUGACGUAAUCUUAGCACGAACGGAGUGACGUGAUUCCACCAGAUCAGCCGCCGCUGCAAGAAUAUUCCGGCCGGGGAGAAAAGCUGAAGGGGGUUUCGAAAAUGGGAUCGGCGGCGAGAACAAAGGGUCGUUGCAGAUUAUUAUUAUGCGCUGUGUUGUCGGUGGUGGUGCUAUUCAGCCGGAUUCCCGUCCUCUCCGCGCUAGCGGUGACCGUAAUCGACGUCGAAUGCGUGUACGAGUACGUCCUCUACGAUUCCGACACCGUCUCCGGGAACUUCGUCGUCGUCGAUCACGACAUCUUCUGGACCUUCGAUCACCCCGGCAUUGAUUUCACUGUAACAGGACCAGGAAACAGUGUUGUUCUAGUAUUGAAGGGAACAUCUGGGGAUAAAUUUGAGUUUAAAGCCUCAAGAAGUGGGAUGUACAAAUUCUGCUUCCGAAAUCCUUAUUCAACACCGGAAACAGUGUCUUUCUACAUUCAUGUUGGCCACAUCCCCAAUUCACAUGACCUUGCCAAGGAUGAACAUUUGGACCCCAUUAAUGUAAAGCUUGCUGAACUGAGGGAGGCCCUGGAAUCAGUCACGUCGGAGCAGAAGUAUCUGAAGGCCCGCGACGCCCGCCAUCGUCACACAAAUGAGAGCACAAGUAGGCGUGUGAUCUACUACACAAUCGGAGAGUACAUUCUGCUUGCAGUUGCCAGUGCACUGCAAUGCUUCUACAUAAGAAAACUGUUCAGCAAGUCAGUUGCCUACAACCGGGUUUGAUCAAAUCUUCCCAACCUGCACCCUCAAUCCACUUUCUUUCGCUUUACCAGAAGUCGAGAAUCAAAAUAAUGCUUUACACAAGAUAGCGGGUUUACUCCGUGCACACCUCGUAUACUGGCUGGGUAGCCUAAAGAAAUUGUAUUUUUUUUCACUUUUAAACAAGACCACUGGUGUAUGUGGUGGUGGGUUAGGCAGACGACUCCUACCUAUAUUUAAGUUAUUAGGUAAAGAGAAAC